AUGCAAAAACAUUCAAAUCGAGAAGCUCAAAAUCAACUGGUAUUGCUGAACCGUGGGGAAAAAAUUGUUUACAAUAUGAAUACACCAUCACAAAUUUCCACUACACCUUCACCGACUAGUACCGUUAGUAUGGAUGCAACAUGGACUUUUGCAAAUGGAAUUACGGAUGUGAAAAUGGUUAUUACCAAUUUAAAAAACAAACAAUGGGUAGCCAUUGGACUCUCGUCGGAUCAAUCCAUGGGUGACGAUCAUGUGUUUGUUUGUCAGUACCUGGCCGAUAAUAGUGCGAUUGUAAAGAGAAUGUACAAUCCAGACGGUCACACACCUCCGAGAGAUGCAGAGACAGCAGAUGGAGGGGCAUUCGCUAACGCCACAGGACGAGUAGAGAAUGGUUUAGUCACUUGUGAAUUCAGUUUAUCGAGCUUUAGCAGUCGUCACAAACGGCAAGACACGGCAAAGGUAUUAUCGCAGACGACACAGUAUUAUCCAUUAUUUGCAGUUGGCGUCCUUGAUAACAACAGUAAAUAUGAAUUACAAUUAUCAUUUCUUUUCACACUUCAAAAUAUAUAG